UGUGAGAGAGAGAGGAGAGCCGGCGGUCGAGGAGGGGCGGGCCAGGUCAAACUCCUUUCUCGUCAAUGUUUGCUUUUUGUUUGCGGCGUAUUUUUGUCUCUUUUUUUUUCACGUGUACGCGUCCCAACUGCAGCUGACGGGUGCAGUAGGCAGCAGUACAGUAGCUAUCAGUAGCCGUUGUAGUUUAGGCGAACCGUGUUCUGUUCAGCUGAGGCACCUCUAGAAAGACUAUCAAAUUAUAAGUCCCAUUUUUAAGUGUCAAUUUUUUUUCUGAGUUAUACUAUAAACGCUGAAAUGGCUGCGUACUUUGGCCGACGUGUCACUCGAUCAGUUUUCCUACACAAGAAGUUGUGGUGCAAAUCAGAGAAUAAUGCUGUACGCUUUAUUGCCUCACUAUCGUCACUGUCUGAAACGCAUCAAAUGCUUCAGAAGACAUGCCGAGACUUUGCCGAAGCUGAACUAAAACCACACGCUGCAAAGUUUGACAGAGAGCAUCUUUAUCCGAAGGAACAGAUAAAGAAAAUGGGAGAAUUAGGUUUAAUGGCUGUUGAGGUUCCUGAAGAAUAUGGAGGAACUGGUCUUGAUGCUUUGGCAUAUGCCAUAGCACUGGAAGAAAUAUCACGUGGCUGUGCUUCGACUGGUGUUAUCAUGAGUGUAAACAACUCUCUUUAUCUAGGGCCAGUGAAAUAUUUUGGAAACAAAGAACAAAAAGAAAAAUUCAUCCCUCCUUUUGUCACUGGAGACCGUGUUGGAUGCUUUGCCCUGAGUGAACCAGGUAAUGGUAGCGACGCUGGUGCAGCAUCCACUAUUGCAACGGCUACUGAGAAUGGCUGGAAAUUAAAUGGGACCAAGUCAUGGAUAACCAAUGGGUUUGAGUCUGAAGCCACUGUUGUGAUGGCGACAACCGAUAAGAGCAUGAAACACAAAGGCAUCAGUGCGUUUCUUCUUCCCAAACCAAUUAACGGC